UCGGCUGUUCGAUGCGGCGAUCGAUUUUUCGGGCAUCUUUAUUUAUUCGGCUCGCCUGCUUGUCGACCUGCCCCAGCGCUCGGUGGCUACUGGCUAGCUUGAGUCGAGCAGCAAGCUGGGGAAGGAAUGACUUCUGACUUGGCGCUAAGUCGGUGACUUUUCGCGGGUGCGGGUGAAGCGUGGCUGUCGGAGGCGAUGGGGCUGGUGCAGAGCUCGUUUCUGUCGGACGGCGGAGCCAACAGCGGAUACCAUGUCCACGGGGUCCAAGCGGACUCACCGGCCAUGAGAGCUGGGUUGGAGCCUUUCUUUGACUUCAUUCUCUCAAUAGGAAAUACCAGACUUAACAAAGAAAGUGACUUGCUGAAAGACCUCUUGAAAGCUAAUAUGGAAAAAGCGGUCCGACUUGAAGUGUACAACUCCAAAACCCAGCGGGUGAGGGAGCUGGAGGUGACACCCAGCAACAUGUGGGGGGGUCAGGGUCUGCUGGGCGCCAGUGUCCGUUUCUGCAGCUUCGAAGGAGCCAACGAGAACGUGUGGCAUGUCUUGGAUGUGGAAAAUAAUUCUCCUGCAGCCUUGGCUGGUCUCAUUGCACAUCAUGACUACAUUGUGGGAGCUGACCAGGUGUUGCAAGAUUCAGAGGAUUUCUUCUCUUUGAUUGAAAUCAAUGAGGGCAAACCUCUGAAGCUGCUGGUGUAUAACACACAGACUGAUCAAUGCAGGGAGGUGGUGGUGACUCCUAAUGGAGCAUGGGGAGGUGAGGGGAGCUUAGGGUGUGGUAUCGGCUAUGGCUACUUACACAGGAUCCCAACUCUUCCAGCUCAACCUAGCAUCCAAAAGAAUGUUGGGUUGCAAUCCACAGUGACUGGAAACAAUGAGGAGUUUGUUGCAAGUGACUGUACUGAGGUGCCUUCAGGGGCUGAACGAAGCCCCUCCAAUGUCAGCAAAAUGGAUUUAAAUCAGAUAGAAGAAGCUCCACAGGAUCUUACAAUAACCUCUCCUAUGCAUUCAGCUGUACACUUGGAUGAUUCCAGUAUACCUGAAGCGAUGACUCCAGACCUUUCAGACAUGGUUUCCACACAUGAAGUGAGCCAGUGCUCAAUGUUUGCAAAUUAUGGAAAUCAGUCUGGUGAUCAGUGUAGCUUCGCUGACUCCUCUGUUGACCCAUCAGCUGAAUCCUUUGUUGACUUGGCAAAUCCGAAAAAAGAAGAAUUAGAUAUUCCUGAAACUGCACAUCAGCAGGCUCUAUAUCCAAACACAACAUCCUUUCCAAGUCGAGAGGCCACAGAUGACUCGCUUGUCCUUGAAGUCGCUGCAGAGAUCCCGUGUGACCCGAGUCUCUCACAGAUGCAAGAUGCUGCUGCAGAGCAGUCGCCUUCAGACAGUGUGAUUGAGGAAGAGAAGUCGGAGCCAGACAUUGAAGAUGAUGCCAGUGUCAGCGACUCGCUUACAUGAAGAUAAGGUGAACACUACAAUUCAGAAAAGCUUCUAUUGUGAUUGUAAGUUUCAACACUGGAAUUAUUUUUAAUGCAAGAACUUUAUUUAUAUUUAGGUGUCAUUGCUAAAUACUGAGUUGCACAUUUAAAAGUAUAUGUUGACUGGAAAAGCGAUCAUAGUUAGAACUGUGUGAAUGUAUAUUACUGUAUCAGUGUCUCAGUAUCAAACAGGAUGAAGCCUUAUCUGAGUCCUACCUGCUGUUAAAAGUCAUCCUAGUUUGCGCUCAAAAGCCAAAGUUAAUUAUCUGUAUUCAGUUUUUUUACAAUAGUACAGUGACUAUACAAAGUAUUUACUCCCUUGUAUACGUUACCCUUUUAUUGAAGAUAUGAAUUGAAAGUGGUCAGUUUUCUCUGUCAGGUUGUUCAGGGAAAUUAAAUUGCCCAUAGCUGAUUUCUGAUGUCAAUAAGGUAAACAUCCAAGGGCGUAAAUACUCAAUAUGUUCACUUUACAGUUUGUAUCACUGUUAUUAGUAUAAGAAGGAAACUUGGGGCUGAUCCAUCAUGUGGUUUUAUUUAUGUCAUUUAGGGUCUAGGUUUGAGAUGAGUGCACAUCUAAUAAGCUCUCAGGCAUCUACCGUAAAAGCCUUUUCACCUUCUGCUUCUUAAGUUUCUUUAAACUGCCUUUUUUUCCAAGGUGUCAGUUUGAGUUGUUUGGUGCAAAUGAGAGCGGAGCCACAUGUAGUUAGCGUAGCUCCGCAAGUGAUUCCUGUUUUUUCUCCUCAUAUAGGUUUUACUUAACUUAUGUUCCUGAUUUUAUGGAUGAAUGAAAAUGGUCAAAAAGGUAUUAAAAAUGUUUAAAGUAA